CUUAGCCAGGCGCCGCAGGCAGCACGCGCCCGCGGCGCCUCUGUGUGAUCCUGCGCCCCCACGGCAGUACUGCAGGGCGCAGGCCGCGCCGCCUUUUUCCUGUCCGGCGCGCGUGUUGGGCGCGUGCGGCCGAGAUGCAUACCCCAUUCGGGGCGCUUGCAGACGAGAUCGCCUGCGGGCGCCAGCACUGUUUCCCUGA